AUGGAGGCCGAAAUCCGCGCCCACAUUCCAAACAUCGACCCUAUCUUGACCGACUACUCCAUUGGAUAUCUUACUCAUGCCUCAAACUCUUUCUCUGCCGAUGCCGACCCAAAUGCCCCGACACCCCUGUCCGAGGCUGCUGCCUCCAUCACCGCACUAUUAGUCUCUGCAUCCGGGGACUUGUCUGACAAGAAUCAGUCAAUCAUCCAGAAUCUUGUCGACAAGUUUGUCUCCCGACUGAGCACUGCAAAUGGCGCCAAUAAUGGAAACCGCCAAAUGGCUCCAACGACGAGAAGGCUGGAUCAAGCUAUCAAUGUAGGUGCCCAGCGGGGCAUGUCCUCCACCCUAGGUUUGGCUGGAGGCAAUGUAGACUUGGAAUCUGCCAAUGCCCGCAAGGUCGAAUCUCGCGUCGAUCGCAAGAAGCUAGAGAAGGCUGAGCGCAAGAUUGCUGCAAAGCAGGCUCGAAAAGUCAUGAAGAAUGUUGAAUAUGAAGCGUCAAGAUUGCUUGACAUCCCUGAUGAGACCCAGUCCUAUGAGGACUUUUACAUGGCCGUCAAUCCUUUGCAGCUAGGCAACGAGAACGCCUCCAAGAGCAAGGACAUUAAGGUCGAAGCCAUCGACGUGGCCAUAGGUGGUUUGCGAAUCUUGACUGACACGAACCUUACCUUGGCGUACGGCCGCAGAUACGGUCUGGUCGGUCAGAACGGUAUUGGUAAAAGUACUCUGUUGAGGGCUUUGAGUCGACGAGAAGUGGCUAUUCCAACUCAUAUUUCAAUUCUACACGUAGAGCAGGAGAUUACUGGAGAUGAUACCCCGGCUCUUCAAGCAGUGCUGGACGCCGAUGUCUGGCGAAAGCAUUUGCUAAAGGAGCAGGAGAAGAUCACCAAGGAACUGAACGCUAUCGAAUCAGAGCGUUCGUCGUUGGCAGAUACAUCCACGGAUGCAGCUCGACUAGACAAGCAACGCGAAGGACUUGACCAGACCCUCUCUGACAUUCAUGGCAAAUUGUCCGAAAUGGAGUCUGAUAAGGCAGAGUCUAGAGCGGCAAGUAUUCUCGCUGGUCUUGGUUUCUCGCCAGAGAGACAGCAAUUUGCUACCAAGACUUUCUCAGGAGGAUGGCGGAUGAGAUUGGCCCUGGCCCGAGCCCUCUUCUGUGAACCUGAUCUUCUACUUCUUGAUGAACCUUCCAACAUGUUGGACGUGCCUUCUAUCACUUUCCUGGCCAAUUACCUACAGACAUACCCGAGUACUGUCCUGGUAGUGUCUCACGACCGGGCUUUCCUCAACGAGGUAGCUAUGGAUAUCAUCCAUCAACACUCGGAGCGUCUUGACUACUAUAAAGGCGCAAACUUUGAUUCCUUCUAUGCUACGAAGGAGGAGAGAAGGAAGACAGCAAAGCGAGAGUACGAGAACCAGAUGGUCCAGCGAAAACAUCUGCAAGACUUCAUCGACAAGUUCCGUUACAAUGCAGCCAAGUCGUCAGAGGCGCAGUCACGUAUCAAGAAGCUGGAGAAAAUGCCGGUUCUCGAAGCCCCUGAGAGUGAAUAUACUGUUCACUUCAAGUUCCCCGAGGUUGAGAAGAUGUCGCCUCCCAUCAUACAGAUGACCGACGUCACUUUUGGCUACGAGCCUGGCAAGACUUUGCUCAAGAAUGUCGACUUGGACGUCCAACUUGAUUCUCGAAUCGGCAUUGUCGGGCCCAAUGGUGCCGGUAAGACAACGGCGUUGAAGCUGCUUACUGGAGCGUUGCAACCAACAUCUGGACUUAUAUCUCAAAAUCCCCGACUCCGCCUGGGAUUCUUUGCGCAACAUCAUGUCGACGCUCUAGAUAUGAAUGACAGUGCUGUUGGGUUCAUGGCGAAGACCUACUCUGGAAGGACCGAAGAAGAGUACCGUCGCCAUCUCGGUGCCUUUGGCAUCACAGGUAUGACUGGCUUGCAGAAGAUGGGAUUGUUGUCGGGAGGUCAAAAGUCACGUGUCGCAUUCGCUUGUUUAUCCUUGCAGAAUCCGCAUGUUCUGGUACUUGACGAGCCGUCCAAUCACUUGGACAUUGAGGCUAUGGACGCCCUAUCGACUGCGCUGCAGCAAUUCCAGGGUGGUGUGCUCAUGGUCAGUCACGAUGUCACAAUGCUACAGAAUGUUUGCACGAGUCUGUGGGUGUGUGACAAUGGCACAAUCGAGCAUUUUGAUGGAACAGUCAGUGAUUACAAGAAAAGGAUUACAGCACAGGCAAACGAGGCUGGUGUUGUGGCAGCUCACUAG